UCCGUGGUUGGGGCGGGGUUAAUUUCUAUAGGUUAUUUGCUUCUCUGGUCUUACACUAGCUAGCUAAGUUACUGUUAACUAUCCUCGUUUGCUGCAAACAUGGCGGUAGUAGCUGUUAAACGUUGCGUUUCUCCUCUGAUUUUUAUCGGCAGAAGGCUGUCUGCGCCCGAAAUAAAGUUCACGUGUCCAUAUCACAAAAAGGUGGUUGACCACUAUGAGAACCCCAGGAACGUGGGCUCUCUGGACAAAACGUCCAAGAACGUGGGAACGGGCCUGGUGGGGGCGCCAGCCUGCGGGGACGUGAUGAAGCUGCAGAUCGAAGUCGACGAGCAGGGGAAGAUUGUGGACGCACGGUUCAAGACGUUCGGCUGCGGCUCAGCCAUCGCCUCCAGCUCCCUGGCAACGGAGUGGAUCAAGGGCAAAUCGGUUGAUGAAGCGCAGAAAAUUAAAAACACUGAAAUCGCCAAAGAACUAUGCCUUCCACCUGUUAAACUUCACUGCUCCAUGCUGGCAGAAGACGCCAUAAAAGCCGCCCUGGCGGAUUACCGGCUGAAGCAGCAGGACAAGGAGACGGCCAAGGCCAGCAACUGAAGGGCCUCCUGACCCAGCGACCCGAGUCUGCCGUGUCCCAUUCCUCAAUCUUCCUAAGUAGCGCAGCCUUCACCAGGGCCAACAUACAGUACCGCCAACAAUACCGCCCGGCAGGCUCCUCCCCCCCCCCCCCCCCCCCCCCACCCGCCUCCUCUAGACAGGAGGUCACGUUGAACGCACAAUAUUAAAGUAGCUUCUCUGAGGAACGCGCUGUUAAGUUAAAAAAGCCUUAUCGCUCUCAGCUAAUACAGCCAGGGUGACUCUUCUUCUGUGUUUGUUUGUUUAUUUUUACUCAGUAAAAACUCAAGUUCUGUCUCUUUGGGAGUUUGUUUUAUGAAUAUUCAGGCGGUUGUGCUGAGCGAUGCCUAAUUAAGCCUACGCGUGCGGGGUGCAUUUUGGACAUCGUGUGAACAACCCCGGUCACGGGGUUUGUGGGUUGUUCAUGUUGCUCAAGUUGUUCAAGUGGCAGAUAAAAGCAGCCAGUUGUCAAAAAUUGUAAAUCUUGUUUAUUUGCAUUGUAAAUUUUUAUUUUGGCAUUUCAGUUUGGGCGGCUGGCUAUCUGGAUGUGAUACACUCAUGUAUAGGAGAAAAAAAAAAGAGUGUGUUAAGCUAGUCUUGCAGAUUUACAGUUGAGGUACAAAUAGCAUUCAUUCUAGCUGGAUGGAAACAGUUUGGUUUGCCGCAUUGAUGAAACUGUAUUGCCUUCACAGAGCUAGAUGUUGAUGAUAUAAUCAAUGUAUUUGUGACGUCCUAACAAAUCCUUGAAAAUGCAUAAAAUAAAAUAAAAUAAAAUCUCUCUCUCCAAAAA